AGGGGUUGCUUGGCAAGUGCGCACAUGCCGCGCUCUAGUCUGUUGCCUGCUUCGGUUCCAACGCCUCCUGGGGCAGUGAGCUGGUAUGAAGCCGUAAACCGACAGCGUUCCCUGGGAAACAAAGAUUUUUAACAGCACUGGCACGCACCGCUUUGGAUCCCGGUUAAUUCUAAGUGCGGGUCGUGGAAUGGAGAAGGAUUUAGCGAUGCCAUCUGGUGAUGCGGGGCCGAGUGCUGGUUCGGAUUCUGAGGUUGCAGACUCGGCCCUACCAGGGGAAAUGCAGCCUCACAGUCGCCCGGGGGAGCACGCUGUUUCGGUUCUCUGGUCUUUCGGAAAGUGCCUGGCUAGUUUGCUGCCCGUGUACCUGGCGGGUUAUUACGGCUUCAGUAUCAGUGUGGUCUUGUUCUUUCUCGUCAUCUACAUGGGAUGGAGGCACGGUCGGGAGGGAAAAACAACUCGAUUGCAAUCCGCUAUGUAUUUACUGGAAAACGAGCAAGACAUCACCACCACACGGGUUUUUAGGAGUAAACGAGAUUUGCCGUCAUGGGUUAACUUCCCUGAUGUGGAGAAGGUGGAGUGGAUAAACAAGAUUAUCCAGCAGGCAUGGCCCUUCAUUGGCCAGUAUCUUGAGAAGCUUCUGGUGGAGACCAUCGCCCCCUCCAUCAGGGCCUCCAGCACACACCUGCAGACACUCAGCUUCACCAAGGUGGACCUGGGGGACAAGGCUAUGAAAGUGGUGGGUGUGAAAGCUCACACUGAACAUGACAAGCGACAAGUGAUGCUUGACCUCUACAUUAGUUUUGCCGGAGACGUGGAGAUUAAUGUGGAGGUGAAGAAAUACUUCUGCAAAGCCGGAGUCAAAGGCAUACAGCUUCACGGCAAGUUGAGGGUGAUUCUGGAGCCCCUGAUUGGAGACGUUCCCCUGGUGGGAGCCAUCACCAUGUUCUUCAUCCGCAGACCCAAGCUUGACAUCAACUGGACGGGGCUGACCAAUCUGCUGGACAUCCCUGGGCUGAAUGCGAUGUCGGACACCGCGAUAAUGGAUGUAAUCGCCUCCUUCCUGGUCCUCCCCAACCGCCUCACCAUCCCCCUGGUGGCCGACCUGCAUGUUGCGCAACUGCGCUCCCCUCUCCCGCGGGGCAUAGUGCGUAUCCACCUGCUAGAGGCUGAGAACUUGGCGGCCAAGGACCACUACAUCAAGGGGGUGCUGGCCGGCAAGUCUGACCCGUACGCAGUGCUGAGGGUGGGCACCCAGACCUUCACAUCACGCCACGUCGACAACAACCUUAACCCACAGUGGAGGGAGAUGUAUGAGGUGAUUGUCCAUGAGGUGCCUGGGCAGGAGCUGGAGGUGGAGGUGUUUGAUAAAGACCCAGACCAGGACGACUUCCUGGGGAGGGUGAAACUGGAUUUGGACAUAGUGCGGAAAGGCAGAUUGCUGGAUGAGUGGUUCACUCUGAAGGACCUGAAGGACGCCCCCUCUGGUCAGGUGCACUUGCGCCUGGAGUGGCUCUCUCUACUGCCCUCUGCUGAGCGACUUAGUGAGGUGCUCCGGAGGAACCAGAACUUGACUGUGUCGAGUAAGACAGCAGAGCCCCCCUCUGCCUCCAUACUGGUGGUCUAUGUGGACCGAGCACAGGACCUUCCGAUGAAGAAGGGCAAUAAGGAGCCCAACCCCAUCGUGCAGCUGUCUGCCCAGGACACCACUAGAGAGAGCAGGACGGUGUACGGGACCACCGAUCCUGUGUGGGAGGACGCCUUCACGUUCUUCAUCCAGGACCCUCUCAAACAGGACCUGGACAUUCAGGUGAAGGAUGAUGACCGCUCGGUGUCUCUGGGGGGCUUCUCCAUCCCCCUGUCCCGGCUACUGGUUACCACUGAGCUCACUAUGGAUCAGUGGUUCCAGCUGGAGCACUCGGGGCCCGCCAGCCGGCUCUACCUCAAAGCUGUACUCCGGGUGCUUUGGCUGGAUGAGGAUGCCAUCCCCACCAACCCCGUGUCUCCGUGCCCCACGUCCCCCGGCUCUGGCCAGGGAGAGGGGGGCGCCACGUCGGACCCCGCUGGCGGCUCCAGCCUGUCCCCCAAACCCUGCCCCCCCACUCGCCCCCAAAACACCAGCCCCGAUGUGGGCUUCGCCACCGAGGGUGUUCUGCGUAUCCACCUGCUGGAGGCUGAGGACCUGGAGGCCAAGGACAGCUUCAUGGGCCGCAAGGGGAAGAGCGAUCCCUACGUGAAGAUGCGCGUGGGCGGCGUGACCUUCAAGAGCCACGUGGUCAAGGAGAACCUCAACCCCACCUGGAAUGAGAUGUACGAGGUGAUCCUGACCCAGCUCCCGGGACAGGAGGUGCAGUUCGAGCUGUUUGAUAAAGACUUUGACCAGGACGACUUCCUUGGCAGGUUCAAAGUCAGUCUCAGAGACCUCAUCAUCUCCCAGUUUACUGAUCAGUGGUACACUCUGAAUGAUAUCAAGUCUGGGCGAGUGCACCUGGUGAUGGAGUGGUUACCGCGGGUUACGGACCCAGGGAAGCUGGACCAGAUCAUGGAGUUCCAGUCUCAGCAGUCAUACCACAACAAGACAGUUCCCUCUGCUGCACUGCUCUUCGUAUACGUGGAGAGGGCACACGGUCUGCCGCUAAAGAAGAGUGGCAAGGAGCCAAAGGUCGGAGCAGAGCUGGCACUGGAGGGAGUCGCCAGCCGGACCAAGAUCUGCGAGCGUUCCACUUCUCCACGAUGGGACGAGGCUUUUCACUUCCUGGUUCAUGACCCCAGGAAGGACAUCCUCACAGUCAAGCUGUCUCACAGUUGGGGUCAGCCUCUGGGCUCCGCGUUUCUGCCUGUGAGGGAGAUCCUGACUCUGCCUGACCUGGUGCUCGACCGCUGGCUACCACUGGAUGGCGCGCUCCCAGAGAGUGAGGUCCUGAUACGGGCGGAAGUCAAGCUGUUGAACCCCAAGCAAGCGGAGUGCCUGAGUUUGUGUGGAGAGGUGGUGGAGGCAGAAGAGGCUGCGGAGAUAGAUAUGCUCAUCCCCAGCAGAAACAUGGCGGACACUCCAGAGAACGAGAACCUCAGACACAGAGCCUCUGCCUCUGCCUCCGCCUCCGCCUCGGCCAGUAGCACCACUUUGUGGUCUUGUGGUACCUGCAGUGGCGACAGUGAAGAGAAAGGGCGGGGGAUGGUAAAUCUCACUUUCUUCUACAACACUGACCAGGGCGAACUUAUGAUCACCGUCCACGAAUGCAGCGACCUGCCGGCCAGCACCAAAGAUGGCUCCAACCCCUACGUGUCGUUUAUCCUGCUGCCGGACGAGAGCAGGAGCACCAAGCGCAAGACUACCGUCAAGAAGAGAGACCUGAACCCGGUGUACAAGGAGAGGUUUGACUUUUCCAUGUCGCUGGAGGAGGCGAAGCAGAAGAGGAUGGAGCUGACGGUCAAGCAUAGCGCCUCCUUCAUGAGCCGAGAGAAGGAGGUGCUCGGAAAAUUGGUGCUUGAUCUGGACCAAUUGAACCUUGGCCGUGCGGUCAGCUGUUGGUAUAAGCUGACGGCAGAGGAUGCCUGAGGGCUACUGUGAAGUGAACCUGAGGAGGAUGCCUCCCACAGCAUGGAUCCCCACCGCCAAGCACACACACACACACACACACACACACACACACACACACACACACACACACACACACACACACACACACACACACACACAUACACACACAUACACGCACGCGUGCACACACGCACACACACACACACACACACGCAUGCAUGCACGCUCGCACACAGGCACGCACGCACACAGGCACGCAUACACACACACACACACAUACAGGCACACACACACGACACAUGCACGCACACACACACACACACACACACACACACACACACACACACACACACACACACACACACACACACACACACACACACACACACACACACACACACACACACACACACGGCACUGCCCCUACUGCAAGCUUCUGCUGUACAGAAUGUUGCAAAUGUCACAGUUGCAGCAUUGAGAUGGUGUUAGCAACUAGGUUGCCAAUGUGGAGAUUGCAUUGCAACCAAGUACCAAGUUGCUAACCAGAACUGCUGUUUACUAUCAGUUACAGAUACAGUAUAAGAACAGCUAAAUGAGUGGGGUUAUUGAAUUGCAUUUUGCACUGUAUACAUGGGUUCACCGUGUUUAUAAACAUGAUGUUGUGAGGCGGUGUAAGACACUGGCAGCCAACCACGUGAGCUAAUAUUUUACCGGCAGCGGUUUCCAACAAUCAGAAGUUGAGUUGUGCGCAGCUAGUUUUGUGCAGCCAGGAGAACACAAAAAUGUAAAAACCCAUGUAUAUGCAAAACGUAUUCAGAUUGAUGUUGACAAGCAACAUGUUUGUUUUCUUAUUUACACUGGGUUAGCCUGGGAAGAAAGAAGCCUAACGUCUUAACCACACCAGUAUUUCAGGUACAAAAUGACUACUAGUCUCCUCACUUGGUCAGGUGCUAUUGUUACUGAUCAAGCAUCCUUUCUCAACACUGAAUGAUUGUGUAGAUAUAGGUACAUACAUAUAUAUACAGUAAAGAAGUGCAGUGUUAUAUCAACACUUAGAGAGUACAUUUCUAACAUAUUCUAGAUUGUAUUUGGUCCCAGAAUACUCUCUAAGUGUUGAAUUAACACAUAUUUCUUUUGUUGUGUACACCUUGGCACAUGAGUAUUCACUGAAUGUUGUAAUUACCCAUCAUUGCAUGACCAAAGACAUUUUUUUGUACGCAAAAUGACGGACUAGAAAACCAAGCGCCAGAUGAAACAUUCCUCACCAUCUGUAGUUCCACAGCAGAGGUGGAGAAAACAUUGGUGCAGAAAGUAAAAACCAUUCCACAUUUUUGCUCCAGCCAAUUACUAAUGAGACAACUGAUCCUAAUGGCCACAUCCCUUAAGCCAGUUUGAUGAGCUAAUUAAUUAGUGAAAUCACUUGUGUUCAGAGCAAAGACAAAGGGGAAAUUAAAGCAGGACUUUUACUAUCUCAGUCCAUUUUUUCCACCUCUGUUCCACAGACAGUGAAUACUGAUGGUCAGAGAGGGGGGCCAUAUGUAUAGUAUAGUCAUUGCACUUGGUUCUUGCGAAUAAGUAAAUAUGUUAUUAUGGCAGGUACCUAAUAUUGGGGACUGCAGUAGCAGAACACCAGCUAGUAGUAUGUAGUAGAUUAUUAACAUUUCAGUUGCAUUUUGUCAUUCUUUUUGUUACAAUGUUUUUGUUUUUGUUUUGUCUUUUUACUAUUGUUUGCACUUUUAUGCCUUGUCCAUCGCUGGAAUGUGCACAAUCAUUAUUGAAAAACAGUUUUAAAAGAAAAGAAGAGAUAUAUUAUUCGAAAUGAAGGAAUUUUAUGUUUUAUAUACAGUAUAUAUAUAUGCCAGGAGUGUGGAAGGUUGGUUUAAGUAUUGACAUGCAGUGUUGAGCAUGCCUGUCAGUCACGUCAAGAGCCUUCUUGUCUGAAUGGUCUGAAUCACUGUGCUGUGGCCUGCUGCCCUGCCCUGCGUCCCUUUGUGAGCAACCUGAUCUCACAGAAUUUGGUGAGAUGAACACAGCCCCUUGGGACAUGAUAUCUGUGGCAGUUUUUUUCAACCAUAUUCUGUGAGAUGAUGUUGCAGUGAGUGGAGGCGGAGGUGAGCUGCCAUGGAUACCCCGUCUCUUCUGCAGCCAGCCUUAUACUGCGCCAUGUUUUUUUUUUUUUUUUAACAGAUUUUAAAGAGUUUUAGUUGAACUUCGGCUUUUUUCGCACACCUCAGCUGGCAGGUGCGUUGGAGAUGGCACCAUGGGUCACUCAGCAAUAGUUUAAAGAAACUCCCGCACACUGACCAUUUCGCUGUGGUCAGUGUGCGGGAGUUUCUUUAAACUAAAGAGUUUUAGUUGCAAGCAUACAGCAGGCUGGUGGAAUUAUCGUUCCCUUUGGAAUUAUUAGCAUAUAUUUGCCAAGUCAUUAUCACUGAUCAAUUUCAACAUGAUAUUUCAAUAUCAAUAUCAACCAAGGUCAAUAUUACAGUGCCAGGCUGAACCCUAUAAUUCCAAAGGGACAAAUGCAUUUAGCAAGAAACGGUAAUUUGUGGGGCAGGUUAUUUUUAGUCAGAAAGGGAGUUUUUUUAAGUGUUGAAAUGUUACAGUAUGGUUUACACGUCGUCAUGAAUGCCUGUCUUGCAGCUAAUUGAUUAAACUUUGUUUGCACUUUA